UUUUUUAAAUAUGUGUUUCUCUUUCCUUAAAUGUAAAAAAAUCCAAAUGUCUUGUUUUGUAGAGUUCUGCUGCAAGCAAACAUUUUAACUAAUUUUCUAUAAUGAAGCAAUUUGCCAGUGGCUGACUAGAUUCAGUGGCUGAGUUUUGGUCUCUAUGACAACCAGCUGUCUGUAAUUAGCAAAUCAAGCCAGGGUGAGGCUUUAGGCAGUCCGAGUGGCUACAAAAGAAGUCAAGUGGCAAGUGUUCCAGUAAUUGUGCUGUCAUGAAGUUUAUGCUGAAAUAACUGCAGGAAUGAGUGUUCUUCUCGUGGGUUUUCUCAGCACUGUUGUGCUCCACUCUGUGUCAGCUGGUGGUGCAUAUUGUGCUAAAACAGCAAGAGCCCGUGCAGCUGCCUUGGGUUUGGAUUAUCCUGGAGUACAUGGAGCCCCGGAUCUCUCUGGACCAGCUCACCAUGGAAUCCCCCCUCACCCUUACAAUCAUGAAUGGUUUGAGACUGUACCAAACAUGGCCACCCCUCAACAAAAUCGGCCAACUUUUAAUAACGUAAGGCAUAGACAAGCUAACCUAGGAACAUCUGACGGAUUUCUAAUGACCCACGGCACUUACAGACCAGUUCAAAGUGAAUACGCAACCAAGCCAGUGCACGGCUUUCCCAGAGAACAGUCGGUCAGUAACCGCGGCUCCAGUUUUAAAGGGGUCAAGCGUGUUGCCCUACCAACACUGGCUGAUGCCCCUGGCCAGUUUGACCUUGUGAAUAGGGAUCCUCAAGGUCACUCGGUUGUCUAUAGUGAACAUGACCUUGUUGUUGAUGAGUCCGUCCCAAAUAGACGUGGCAUUUUUCGCCAUGCGCUCUCCCUGCCCCAAAGCUGGGGUCAUGGUGCUUACCAGAGAGCUCUAACUGUACAUGGAAAAGAGCCUGUCCUUGGUUCAAAUCACUUUCUUAACGAAGGCCAUGGAGCAGCAAUUACUAGUUCGGGUCCUCCUAUGUUUGGUAGUUGGAGAUACAGAUUUCCCGGCCUCAAUGUCAAACAGUUUGUUCAAGGUACCCCAACCCCUUGGUGGUCUGACAGACAUGAAAUCAGAUCCCGUUAGACUUAGUCAAAUGAAAGGGUCUGACAUUAAAGGCCCUGGCAUAUAGCUUUGCUGUCUUGUCAGAUGGUGUUCCUUUGACAAUUUGUUGUUGUUGGUGUGUGUGUGUUUUUUUUUUUUUUUUUUUUUUUUUUUUUUUUUUUUUUUUUUAAAGUUAACAGGCAGGCUUUUUGUGCAGGGUGGGGGUGAGAAGUGAGUCUAUCUUAGUUUCACUGGAGACAAAGGGGAGGGAUGUCCCUCCUACACUUAUCUGUGUACAAGCUCCUAUAUUGUUUUUUCACCUGUAACUCCAAAAUGAGUGAUAUUACACACUCCCUACUGAAUAUAAAAUUUGGAAAUGGUUAUGAUUCUCUGCCUUUUUUUUUUUUUUUUUUUAAACUCUCCCACCUCCUUAUUAUAAAUGACUCACUGGGGCCUGGAUGCUACCACAGUGCCAUCUGUUGGUUCUAAUGGGUAGAGAGCCUUUGGCUCACAUUGUUGUACACAGGUGCUGCUUAAUAGAGGGUCAGCCUUUGACAAAUCCCAUAAUCUGUUUACAAUCUGUUGUUUGCAAGUACUAGUAGAGGCUAUGCUAAUUUUUUUCACAUAGCCUUGGCAUUUCAGUGAUGGCAUGCUGCACUACUGGUCUGGAGUUUCCAAUUAGAUAAUUCAGACCUUGGUAUCACUCAUUUAAAAAAGAAAAAACAACAAAAAAAACCUUUAAAAUUAUUUUUUUCACUAAUGCAGAGCAUUAUCAGGAAAUGCAACUGAAGUGUCUAAAAUUGUGUAAUUGAGUAAAAGUGGCACAUUACAGACUUUUGUCUUUGUUUACUGAAAGUUUGUGUGAAAUGGUACACUGACCCAUAAAUCACUCGAGCCUGAGAGUGGGUUAUGCGCACUAAUCUUGAAUUUGAAGAAGGAAACUGAUGACAGAACAAAAAUAAACCAAUCAGCUG